AUGGCAGAAGCAUUUCUUCAACUCGUUCUUGAUAAUCUGAGCUCCCUUAUUAAGAAGGAGAUCGGAUUGAUCUUGGGUGUCGACAAUGUGAUGAAGAAGCUUUGUAGCACUCUCACCACCAUCCAAGCUGUGUUGGAGGAUGCCGAAGACAAGCAAAUCGAGAGCAAGCCGAUUCGAAACUGGCUGCAGAAGCUCACCGCUCUUGCUUAUGAGAUUGAUGACAUUUUGGAUGAGUGCAACACUCAUGUCUCCAAACUCAACCACUCUGAUUCCAAACUCAGCCUCUACAGCCUCAAGAAAAUUAUGUAUCGCCACAAUAUUGCAAGGAGGAUGAAGCAAGUCAACGAGAAAGUGGAGGCUGUUGCGUUGGAGUGCGCCAGGUUUCAUCUACGCGAGAUGCCUGUAGAUAGGCGGAGGGAAGUUGCUCUAGCCUCACGCGAGACCGCUUCCCUGUUAAACGAGUCUUAUAAGAUUCAUGGCAGGGAAGAAGAUAAAGACAAGAUUGUGAAGAUGUUGGUGAACGAUGUGACGGACAAACGGGACAUGUCCGUGCUGCCAAUCAUUGGUGUUGGUGGCCUUGGGAAGACCACUCUUGCUCGACUAGUCUUCAACGAUCCACAGGUGGAAGAGCACUUUGACAUAAGGAUUUGGGUUUGUGUAUCUGAUAAUUUUGAAGUGAAAACUUUGGUGAAGGCCAUGAUUGAAUCUGCCACGGGGAGUGGAAAAGCUUCGGAUCUGCAGCACUUGGAUGCUACAGAGCGCCGCCUUUGGGAGUUGUUGAACAAAAAAAGAUACUUGAUUGUAAUGGAUGAUGUUUGGAACAACCACCAGCAUAAAUGGUUUGAGUUGAGAGACAUUCUUUCGUGUGGCUCAACCGGCUCAUCCGUUGUCGUCACCACACACCAGAAGAAGGUUGCUGAUAUAAUGACAACACUUCAAAUCCAUUGCCUGGAGGGGUUGUCAGAUGAACAUUGUUGGGCCCUGCUACAACAGCGCGCCUUCGGACCAGGAGAAGAGGUGCCUCUGCAAUUGGAAAUAAUUGGGAAACAGACCGUGAAGAAAUGUGCUGGAGUGCCCCUAGCUGCUACAACGCUUGGAGGAAUCCUACGGUUUAAAAGGAGCAAAGAGGAAUGGAUACAUGUGAGAGACAGUGAGAUAUGA